UAGAUCGCCUCUUGAAAUUAAUACAAUUGGGUUGAGGCACUUGUAGACACUUGUCCUGCCAUAAUGGAUAGAAACACGAAGACAACGCAGCCCAAGAGCAAGCGCAUACGCCUAUCUGAACCAGUAGAGCCUAUUGACAGGGCCCCAAUGCCUGUAGAAGAUCCAGAGAUAAAUGCAUCCUUACAACCGACACCUCUUCUCAACUCCUCUCGUCGUGUACCGUCGCCACCUUUCACCGAAUUGCCCAUUUGUAUGAAAUAUGUGGAUUUAUACGAUCCCGAUCUGACGUGUUCAUCGCGUACUUGGAAGAACUGGGUGCGGCUGUCGGAAGAGAGGAAGUUAAAAUCUCCACCCUCAAAGGAAACGGAAUGCCUGAAGUCGGAGGCAUCUUCCUCGAAAUUAGGUGAAGAAAGUAGGGCUGCGGAACGGCUUCUCGACUGCGAUGUAGACAAUGAUACCCCGCGGCGUAACAUUGAUUUCGAUGAUCUCACGACCUCUUUCGCUAAUAUGACUCUUGGUGCUGCACUACCGAACUCCCUGGAUGAUUGGGUUGAAUCGGAAGGGCUCCUAGAUGCUUACAUAGAUAUUGAGGAGUUCGAUGAGCAACUGAACUUAGAGUCUCCAGACUCUCCCAAGAAUCAAGACCUCCUGUUUAAGGCUUCAAAGUCGCCAUAAAAAAUUGAAAUCAAAACCCAAAGACAUUCUCAUAAUUCUAAGUAAUACUAUUGGUUAUGAGCAAAUAAUAUGGCAAAAAUUGAUCAUAUUUUUAUAUACUCUGCCAUUGGAAAUUGAAAAAAAUACAUUUUAGUUUCGUUGUUCACCCCUAAGACCCUAAGAAGACAUAUU